UGAAGAAAAGGGAACUUCGAUGCCUGUGGAUGCCAGUCGUCUGUGGCAGCUUCCGGACGGGUCUGUCGGCUCCCAGGCCUUGCCUGGCGGCAUGUGGGCCGCCGAGCCUGCAGAGUUGCCCCACGAGGUUCGGGGCACCACUCCGAAGUCGGCAGCUCCGAGCAUGCCGAGGGCGCCAGGCAUGCCGCUGAGCGCGCCCAUGGGCUUGCCGAUGCCCUGCGCACCCAUGCCCAGCAUGCCCGGCAUGCCCGGCAUGCCCGGCAUGCCCGGCAUGCCGCAAAUGCCGCAAAGCGCGCCUCAAAGCAUGCAGAGCAUGCCGCCCAUGCCUCCAAGUGUGGUGCGUCGUCCUCCUGUUCCGGCUGCUUUUGCUUCCAGGGUGCCACGGGCAAUAGGGCCAUCGGUGUUGAUGCCGACGUCCAAGGCGUCCUCCGGGCCAGGGAUGAUGUCACCCAUGACGAUGCCAGGGAUGAUGCCAGGGGCGAUGCCCGGCACGAUGCCGUCAAUGCCAGCAAUGCCGGCGAUGCCAUCGCCAUCGCUUCCAUCGCCUGGGCCGGCGACGGCUCCGCCCCUCUUGGCCGGGCCAACGCCCAUUACGCCAGUGGCUGCUGAGGCAGCCCCCCCGACACUCCCACCGACUUCCAAGGUGGCGUCAGUCCCAAAGAGCCACACAGGCCACACGAUAGACGCGUACUUGGAGGUGCAGAGGCUGGCACAAGCCUGGGUUCGCGGCGCCACGCGCAAGCAGAGGCCCAGGAAAAGGCAGCGGAAGGCAGAGAAGGACCCAUACAUGGAUCCCAAGGAAGAUCCUUACCUGGUGAUGCUCGCCGAGGCGGAGGCAGACGAAGAGAUGGAGGCGAUGCCGCCCCCAAGCAGUGCUACCGCCCACAAGCGGAAGGACACAGGCCCGCCCAAGGCACCUGUGGAGGUGGAAGACCUGGAGUCCGGUUCCACGGAAAGCUCAGGUUCUUCUGAGGGUGAGGAGUCUGAGGAGGUAGACGAUGACGAGGUGGAAGAGCCCCCCGGCGCCCAGGAAGCUGGGCGAGUGGAGCUCUUCAAGCUCGGCGCGAAGUGCUGCACUGUGAUGGCGCACUUUGUGGGCGGCAGCGAGGCGUCUCUGCAGCGGAGGCUUGACAUCGAUCAACGUGUCCGACUUGAGCAUUGCCGGAAGCACUUGCAGUGGGCCGGCGACCUCACAUCCGUGUGGCAUUUCGCUCUUUCUGACUUGAAGGAGAAGGUUGCUUGGAACACGCUUUGCAACUACUUCGUCUCACGGAAGCGCGUCGGACUUGCCGAGCUGGCGGGUGGCGUUGUGUACGUCGUGCCCCCAGACAGCACCUUCCUCUCAGAGCUGGGCCUCCCGGCUGCGGAGAGCCUGGCGGGGAGUUUGCUGGGCCUGCAGGUGCCUCUCUCCGCGCCGGAGGAGAAGGCUCGGGCUGAAGAGCCCAAGGUCGCAGAGAGAGGGGCUGAGGCGAUUGAAGCGAAACAUGAGGGCGAGGAGAAAAAGGAGGACAUUGAGGAAAAAGAGAAGGAAGAAAUUCUGGAGAAGGAGGGGAAGGCGUCAGAGAGGGAAGAGCAGACUGACGCUCGAAAGAUGGAGCCAAAGCCAGAGAUGGAGCAGUCGGAGCCGGAGACGGGAAUGAAGCCGAUGGAGGUUGAGACGGCCGAGGGGGAGCACGAGCGGCGGGUUGUGGAGGGUGUGGAGCAGCCUGAGACCGAAGAGCCCGAAGAGGCCGAAGCCAAUAUCGGGGAAGAGGAGGGUGUGCCAGAGGGCCUUCAAAAGAGCGACAGCCUUGGCGAAGGACGUGAGGAGGUCUGAAUUGCGAACCGCUUAGGGACAGGCCAGUGACCUGCUCCUUGUCG